AUGUCCGCCGGAAGCGAGAAGCCGUACACCUUCGCGACCCCCUCGGCCGUCCCGGGUCCCUUCUCCCGCGGCUCCGGCUCCGCCCCCCCCACCCCCACCGCCACCGCGGCCGCGACAGAUAGCACUGGGAUGAGCUCGUCCUCCGGGGCGCCGACGAAGAGCCGAAAGCCGCCGUUCCGGCCCGCCGUGGACGACACAAAGCCCGUCCUCCGCGAUCCGAUAUCACGGUCGGACCUGGCGGACACCGAGGAGGUCGUGCUGCGGCUGCCGCCCUUCCCCUAA